GGCCUCCCCAGUUAGAACGUAGACACUGCCGACGACGGUUCUCUUAAAUGAGCCGAACACUAGCGAACAUUAACGAACUUCACCGAAGAAGGAAACAUAAAUAGACAAUUGUAAUUCGUACAAAAAAGUUUCUUAUAAAAUUGUAAAGAAAAUGGAUACCACAUGUGGAGAAUUUAACCCUGCAAUGGACAAUCGUGAUAAAUACACAGAAUCAAUAGAGCUUUCCAACAAAUGUCGCGAGUUUUACAGACGAAGGAUGGAAAACAUGGAGAUGUCUAAACAACGACUGUCACCUACUCUCCGACCCGGACACAAGACUAAGAAAUCCUCCAUAGAUGUUGCCAUGGAAAAACUGGGCACAGAAAUGACAUCCUUGAUGGACCAGGACAUGUCCCUAAUGAAGCAGCUGCUCAUGCUGAACGAGGCUAUCGAGGAGCUAAAAUUCCAUCGUCGCUAUAGCAACAGUUCACUCCCCGACAGUUCAUGUGACCUGGUCAGUGACUCGGACGACGGAUCGGUGUCCGAGACAGACAUGUUUGGGUCAGAGGACGAUUUAAUCAAAAUGUGCAACAACUGUCAUCUCGACAACGUAUUGACAAGUUCUGUAUCUACACCAUGUGACAAUAUCAACCAAACACCAUCCAAACAGAGCAACCUCGUUCACAGCGAAUCGUACCUAGAUCACUCUUCUCACGGAGAACAAAACAUUUCGUACGACUCAGGGUUCGAGUCGAGCUAUGUGUCGUCAUGAGACCACGACAUUUAUCGCUGCCUAGAAACACAUUGGUGCUAACAUUUUCUACAAACACUUGUACGACAUGGAAUACCCUUUACAGUUUCCUGUUUUAUACAACGAUGGCGGUUGCCAGACGACAGAUGUUUACAAUAUAGACUACAGCAUCCUUCAUCUCCGUACGACCUAGAGUUGUUUGUCCGAAACCAGUGAGCCAGAGACUAAUUACAAAUUAAGUGACUGUUGACUACAUUUGGCGUUAAACAUUUUGGUAAAUUAUGUGGAAAUCGCAAUUCGGUACAAAAUUCAUCAUCAAAAAAAAAGAAAAAAGAAAAACAAAAAGCAUGAAAAACGUCCCGUGUUAAUUUAUGAAAUGCUUUUUAAAGACAUGAUAUUGGCGUAUGCCUCGAGUUUCGGACGAUCAGCUGUCUCUGCCGUACGGUACCAUUAUACAUUCCGACUGGCUGGCCAUGUCAGCUACUUUAUCGUUAGUUAGACAUUGUACUAUAAAGUGCUGUGGUGUUUACCUACGUUAGUUGAGGUUUUACCUCCAAAACUUGGUUAACUCCAAUCCCGACGGUAUCCACUAUGUGGAUAGACAAAUCACGAGUAACGUACCCUGCCGGGGCAGGGAGACAUGGCCCCGGGGGUGAAGAAGCCACUGCCCUAGGGUGUGGCAGUGAGCUGAUAUGAGUAUACAAAGCAGGCCCUAUACAGGGGCAAACACUCAUACCAUGAUCAUGUAUUAAGAGAGCAAUGUCUGUUAGAUGUUCAUUCAGACGUUCUCAUGAGUAACACGAGUCAAAAAUUCGCAUGGGUACGAAACUGACACCAGUAACAGAUGAGUCAGACAUUCUCACGAGUAACGCGCGAGUCAAAAACUCAUAUGAGUAAGAAACUGACAUCAGUAACAGAUGAGUCAGACAUUCUCACGAGUAACGCGCGAGUCAAAAACUCAUAUGAGUAAGAAACUGACAUCAGUAACAGAUGAGUCAGACAUUCUCACGAGUAACGCGCGAGUCAAAAACUCGCAUGGGUACGAAACUGACAUCAGUAACAGAUGAGUCAGACAUUCACACGAGUAACGCGCGAGUCAAAAACUCAUAUGAGUAAGAAACUGACAUCAGAAACAGAUGACUCAGACAUUCUCAUGAGUAAUGCAUGAGUCAAAAACUCAUAUGAGUAAGAAACUGACAUCAGAAACAGAUGACUCAGACAUUCUCAUGAGUAAUGCAUGAGUCAAAAGCUCAUACGAGUAAGAAACUGGCAUCAGUAUGAGUCAGAUUCCAAAUAAUUUACGAGUCAAAAACUCAUAUGAGUAACAGGUAACUAAAACUCGUCAUCAAGUAGACGAGAAGGGACUCGUAAACACCGAACUUAUGUCCCCACAUGUGAUAUAACGUUCAGGUAAACAACAGGACUAUUUAUCUGGUUGAUAUGGGUAUCAAAGAUCAGAUACACCAUUAUAUAAAGGCUGUAGUCACGUGUCAUACAGUCCGGGUUUGUCUGGGGACAUCCGGGUAACGGAUACCCGGAAACAUACUUUCGAUCAAUUUCGGAUCAGAUAGACUUAGGAUGGAUAAUGCGUGUUUUAUUAUAUCUAAUUCAAAUUCGUAUUAUAUACAACCUCGCUAUAGUCAAAGUAACCAGGAUAUCAAAUAUUCAAAACCUGUUGCAUCUUGUUUAGAUUUUAAUCAUUAAAAAUAUAACAAACGGUAUUGUCUUUCUGUCACGUGCUCCAUCCUAGGUUAUCUGUGGUAAGAUGAGAGACAGGAUCGCUCUCUCUCAUUCUCAUGUACUGAGUAUAGCGAUCGAAGCGGUUAACGUUUAAUUAACCUUUCUUUUAUUUACACAUUCAAAUUACAAAAUUUUGAUCAAUUGUUGAUUAGUAAACUCAAAAUGUAUGACGUUUUUAUCUCGACUGAUCAAUUAAAGGGGAAGUCCUUUCCUAUUCAUUUAUAGAUUUAAACAAAUAUUCAAUUUGUUGUAAAAAGUUUUAAAUGCUUUAACAAUUUAAGAAUUAUUUUAAUGAAUGACGAUGUAGAAUAUUUUAACAUGAUUUAUCAGGGCUUAACCCUAACGCUGUGCUGUAUAUAACUUGUAAAACAACAUCUAUGUUUUUGUGAUCAAAGGAAAAGGAAAACCACACCAACACUUUCAGUCUCCAAAAAUGAUCAUUUCAUUAAAAUGACAAAGUUUAAUAAUAUCAGUGGAUGUAAAAUGGCCGCUGUAGACGUGGAAAAUUGAAAACAGGGAACCGUGUUAAAGAACCAAUUAACACACAUAUUAUAUAAGAUAAAUAAUAUUUAAUUUUACAUUUUUUGGGGGGUAAAUCAGAAUUUUGACCAAAUCGGUCUUUAAACAUAAUAUCUUACAUGGAAUGUCUAUUUCGAGACUGAAAUACUUGAUGUCUGACAUUUAUGCCGGAAAUAAAUAAUUAACAAUUAUGAAGCACGAGGGAAGAACG